CAAUCGCUCAGGUGUAAGAUGGAACGUAGCGGACUGAUCAGUAAAUGAAUCAUAAUAUUUACCAAAUACUAUAUGGAUUUUGCAGCAAGUUGGAGAAGACAAAUACAACCGUGGAGCAUGUGACGAGCACAAUCAAAACAAAAGAAAAUGAUAAAAACACAAAGGAAAGAGCAGACGGUUUUGCCGGCUUGAAUACCAGUGUUUCAAUGUCUCUGCCUGAAGCUAGUGGGAAAAUUUCAAUGAGCUCCACUGAAUACCAAAAUAUUGAAAUCGGACCAAAACUCGAAGGAAAGGAAUCCGUCAAACAGUUCUUGGACGCCAUUCUGGAACAGAUCUAUUGGCUUUCUUUGUAACACUGACCCAAACAGCUGAAAAUCUUGGCUGGCGCCAUAACAUAUUGUUUGACAACAUAGUAACAAAUGUCGGGAAUGGCUAUAACCAACAUCUUGACGGCUUUUCUGCACCUGUUUCUGGAAUGUACGUGCUGAUGUCUACACUGAUGUCACUGGUUGGGUACAAGAGUAAUUUCCAGUUGGUUCGCAACGAUAAUACCGUCUGCCAUAUGUACGUUGGUGGAAUCGGUAGUGGAAAUUACGAGUCCAGUGGUGGCAGCUAUGUCUUGCUUCUUAAC